AUGACCCCUCGAGCUAGGGCACCAUACGUCACCUGGGAACAGUUCAAAGAACUGUUCGAUGAGAAGUAUAUGCCCAUUUAUGAAGGAGAUGAAAGGAUCAAAGCCCAAAAGUUCUUAGGGGGGCUAAAUUUGAGGCUUCAGCGAGCCUUGAGCAGCAUAAGUACUCAGUCCUAUGCAGAGACGGUGCUACAAGCUAUCACAACUGAGGCUAACCUGAGCCGGAUCGAAUCUAUUCAGGUAGAAAGAGCAAGUCAUUCAUUCAUUUCACAUGCAAUUGUUGAAGUGCUAGGAGAAAAAUCGAAAAACUUGAACUGUCGUAUGAUUGUGGCAACCCCGAUGGGGAAGUCUCUAGAAAUCUCUUCAAGAUACAAAAAUAGGAAGAUUCAAAUAGGAGAAGUUGAGUUCCUGGUGGAUUUAAUCCUUUUGGAAUUUCAAGAUUUUGACGUGAUUCUAGGAAUGAACUUCCUAACCAAAUACAACGCUACAUUGGACUGUAAAGCUAAGACAGUCAGUCUCAAGAGCGGAGGUUCGAAUGUCAAGUUUCAAGGGAAAAAGAGGGCAAGUGAAAAGAAGUGGAUCUCGGCUCUAAAGGAUGAGAAAUUAUUACGACAAGGGGCACAUGCAUACUUGGCUUGUGUCCAAGGAAAAAACGAGGAACCAUUGAACAUCGAAGAAGUGCGAAUCGUUAUAGAGUUCAGGGAUGUGUUUCCUAAAGAAUUGCCUGGAUUGCCACCCUAG